AACCAGGGACGACCGCGGCAACACUUGGCACGGCUGCGGGGAGGCCGAGAGGAAGGGAGAACUGAGCCUUUGCCCCCUGCCCGGUUCCUCGGUUGGGUGGGAAAAGGAGGAAGCAGGAGGAAGGCAUCCAUUCAUUUCUGGCCUUGGCUUUGCCUGCUCCGUGUCCUCAUCUCUGGAAUUCUUCCUCCCUCCUUCUCUCCUCCUCCUCCUCCUCCUCCUUCUUUCUCCUGUUGUUUUCUUUUGGGGACGCAGAGAACAUCAGCUCCCCCCUCCCCACUGUGAUGGAUCCGAGGGCUGCUUGUCAUCUGCAGAUGCUCCUCUGAAGACCCUCCAGAGACAGAGACAGAGAAGGGCUCCUCCGGAUUGCAGCCGGUCCCUCCCAUCGCCCCCCCCCAAUCCUCGGCUUCUUUCUUGUGGCUCAGGGGGGAUUUGCGAGGAGACCGAGGGGGGGGUCCGAUUUGGAGGGCCAGGCGGCCCCUCUCCUCCUGGACUUUGGCCCCCUCUGGCCAGGCUUCCUGUAUGAGUCUUCCUCCAGCCCCGGAGCGCCACCGGGCCCCAUUGAUGCCUUGCUGAGCCUGGAGGAGCCGUCGGCCACCAUGGGGAAAUCCAACAGCAAACUGAAGCCCGAAGUGGUGGAAGAGCUGACCAGGAAGACCUACUUCACAGAGAAAGAAGUCCAGCAAUGGUAUAAAGGCUUUAUUAAGGACUGCCCAAGUGGACAGUUGGACGCGGCCGGAUUUCAGAAAAUCUACAAGCAGUUUUUCCCGUUUGGCGACCCAACCAAGUUUGCAACAUUUGUUUUUAAUGUCUUUGAUGAAAACAAAGACGGGAGAAUCGAGUUCUCCGAAUUCAUCCAGGCCCUUUCAGUCACCUCCCGAGGGACCCUGGAUGAGAAACUGCGCUGGGCCUUUAAACUGUAUGACCUGGACAACGACGGCUACAUCACCAGAAAUGAGAUGCUGGACAUUGUAGAUGCUAUUUACCAGAUGGUGGGAAACACGGUGGAGCUGCCGGAAGAGGAGAACACGCCAGAGAAGCGGGUGGACAGGAUCUUUGCCAUGAUGGACAAAAACGCGGAUGGGAAACUGACGUUGCAGGAGUUCCAGGAGGGCUCCAAGGCCGACCCUUCCAUCGUCCAGGCGCUCUCUCUCUACGACGGGCUGGUAUAGUCCCACCCUCUGCCGGCUUUGGUGAGCAGCCAAGUCUCCGUCCUGGGGGACAACGCAGGCCUCGGGGCUUCGGCCUCUGGACGGCUGUGCCGGGUCCCAAACUCUGCAUUUGAAGGAGAACAAGGACAGCGGUGUGUCUGGCGUGGUCCGAGUCCUGCUGCUGGACCAGGGGGUUGGACUAGAAGACCUCCGAGGUCCCUUCCAGCUCGGUCGUCCUCCUAUUCUGCCGUCCCCCUCAAAAAAUCCCCGUGAGACUUAGAAGAAGAAUAGUUUUUUAUUAUUAUUAUUAUUUGGCUCAGCUUGACUUCCAUCUGGUUUGUGUGGAUGCUCAGGGCAACCACAGAGUCUUCCCCAUCACAAGAAUAUUGCCUUUCACUAACAAACAAUAAAACGGCAUCAAAAUCUGAAUCCACCCAAAAUCUUAACCCCUCUUCAAGCCACCAUAAAAAUAGUUCCUUCAACCUUGUGGGCCGAGCCCAAAAUAUCCUGGAUUUUGCAAUAGGAG